AGUGCGCCCGGGAGCCGAGCGAGUCUGCCACCCACUUGGGCGACCUCAGCGGCCGGGGAGCGUCGGGGGCCUGCGCAGCCAUGCGGGCGGCGGCGAGGGGCGCGCGAGCGGCCGCGCUGGCGCUGCUGCUGGGGGCGCUGCACGGAGCGCCGGCACACGGCGAGGAGUACGACUACUACGGCUGGCAGACCGAGCCGCUGCACGGGCGCUCGUACUCCAAGCCGCCCCAGUGCCUCGACAUCCCCGCCGACCUGCCACUCUGCCACACCGUGGGCUACAAGCGCAUGCGGCUGCCCAACCUGCUGGAGCACGAGAGCCUGGCCGAGGUGAAACAGCAGGCGAGCAGCUGGCUGCCGCUGCUGGCCAAGCGUUGCCACUCGGACACUCAGGUCUUCCUCUGCUCGCUCUUCGCGCCCGUCUGCCUCGACCGGCCCAUCUACCCUUGCCGCUCGCUGUGCGAGGCCGUGCGCGCCGGCUGCGCGCCGCUCAUGGAGGCGUAUGGCUUCCCCUGGCCAGAGAUGCUGCACUGCCACAAGUUCCCCCUGGACAACGACCUCUGCAUCGCUGUGCAGUUCGGGCACCUGCCCGCCACCGCGCCUCCAGUGACCAAGAUCUGCGCCCAGUGUGAGAUGGAGCAUAGUGCCGACGGCCUCAUGGAGCAGAUGUGUUCCAGUGACUUCGUGGUCAAAAUGCGCCUCAAGGAGAUCAAGAUAGAGAAUGGGGACCGGAAGCUGAUCGGAGCCCAGAAAAAGAAGAAGCUGCUCAAGUCGGGCCCCCUGAAGCGCAAGGACACCAAGAGGCUGGUGCUGCACAUGAAGAAUGGUGCCGGCUGCCCCUGCCCGCAGCUGGACAGCCUGGCUGGCAGCUUCCUGGUCAUGGGCCGCAAAGUGGACGGACAGCUGCUGCUCAUGGCCGUCUACCGCUGGGACAAGAAGAACAAGGAGAUGAAGUUCGCAGUCAAGUUCAUGUUUUCCUACCCCUGCUCCCUCUACUACCCCUUCUUCUAUGGGGCCGCAGAGCCCCACUGAAGGGUGCGCCUGCCUGCCCCACCCAGCCAGCUGUGCCCUGCUCUCUGUCCCCGCCCUGGGGCACGCUCGCUCCUCCUGCCCACUUGACCUCUCCCUACUCCCAGGCUGACUUAGCCCCUGCCCAGGAGGGGUCCGUGCAGCGAUGUUACUGGCACAGGCCCUAAGGGUGCCAGGCCAGGCUGUCCUUGACUGAGACGUUCCAGGGUCCUUGAAGGUUUUUUCCCAUAGGAGCAGAGCUUUCUUAUUUCAGGGGAGAUCCCAGGGUGUCGGAAAGUGGGCAGAGGGAUGAGAGAGCGAGGGAAGGCUGGAGAGGCUCUGAGCAGCCUGAGGAGGUGCUUUCCAGAAUAGCUGGUGGUGUCAGCUCUGCUCUGUUGGUGGUGGGGCCUGGCCUGGGAGAGGGAGGUCUUGGUAUUAGGCUGACCUAUUUGGGGCACAGUUCUCAGCCCCUAGCGCUCCUCCAUCUGUCCUCAUCACAGCCCCCAAAAGGAAAGGCAUUUGGGCCACGGUGCCCUCCAGCCACACCUCCCCACCUUCCCGUCUCUGCCCACUUCUCCUCCUGCUGGACUGGGGAGAAGCCCAGCCCAGCCCCCUCCCAGAGGCUCACUCCUCAGCCUCUGCUUGUCCCUUGAUCCAAUCACCAGUAAAUUAUUGCUCUUGCUGCGAGGCCGUAGGUACUAGACUGAUGCAGGUAGGGUUUGGUUUUCUUCCUUCUUUUUUUUUUUUUUAAGUUUUUAAUUAAAUCAAAGAAAACAAAACAA